CGAGACCCGGCCGGGUGGCGCUCGGGCCCGGCUCCUCUCGGCGGCGGCGCACGGCGGUCCUGCCGUCCGCGGGGCGGGGACGCGGUAGCGGUGGCGGCGGCUCCCGGUGGUCCAAGCCCGAGCGCGCAGGCCCCUCCCGGCGGUCGGGGGCCGGGCGGGGCGGGGGCGCCAUGUGGUUCAUGUACGUGCUGAGCUGGCUGUCGCUCUUCAUCCAGGUGUCCUUCAUCACGCUGGCCGUCGCGGCCGGACUCUAUUACCUGGCGGAACUGAUCGAAGAGUACACAGUGGCCACCAGCAGGAUCAUCAAAUACAUGAUCUGGUUCUCCACAGCUGUGCUGAUUGGCCUCUACGUUUUUGAGCGCUUCCCCACCUGCAUGAUUGGCGUGGGCCUCUUCACCAACCUCGUCUACUUUGGCCUCCUCCAGACCUUCCCCUUCAUCAUGCUGACCUCGCCUAACUUCAUCCUGUCGUGCGGCCUAGUGGUGGUGAAUCACUACCUAGCAUUUCAGUUUUUUGCGGAGGAAUAUUAUCCUUUCUCAGAGGUCCUGGCCUAUUUCACUUUCUGUCUGUGGAUAAUCCCGUUUGCGUUCUUCGUGUCACUGUCGGCUGGGGAGAACGUCCUGCCCUCCACCGUGCAGCCAGGAGAUGACGUGGUCUCCAAUUACUUCACCAAAGGCAAGCGGGGCAAACGCUUAGGGAUCCUGGUUGUCUUCUCCUUCAUCAAAGAGGCCAUUCUACCCAGUCGUCAGAAGAUGUACUGACGCCCCUGGGGAGGGGAUGUUGGGGCAAGAUCAGGAGAGUCAGGCCCCUGGGCCUCUCUGUGAGCCUGGAAGGUUCCUUCCCCCAGCCCUGGCCUGACUUCCUUCAAGUCUCCCUGGAGCCUCCAUCCCCACCUUCCUUGGGAUGCGCAGCUGGGCUCAGAUCUGGUGCUGCUAGAGGCCGUGACCUCAGGCACCAGGGAGGGUGGCGGAGCCUGCUUGGCUGGAGGCCGUGGUCCACCUGGCUCUGUGGAAGCUGAGCUCCCCGUGGCCCUGCCCGCCCCUUCCAUGCUGGGUCAGGAGGCUCUGGCUCAGUCGAGGCGGGCAGGGCAGGGGCCUUGAAGCUGGAGAGCAGACAGGGAUAGGGUCUUCGGGCAGAUGGCCAUGGGGCAGGGCCAUGGCUUGGCAAUUCCCAGGAACUAGUUUUUGCUGUUGAACUGUGAUUUUUGUCCAAGUCUGAUUCCUGUUUGAAUAAAGAUUCUAGGUGGCACUUGUUGCCUUAAUACCCUGAAAGUUCAUCUUCCUUUCUUCCUGCUGACCUUCUGCCCUGGCCUGGAUGGGCUUUUCGGCUGCAGGGGUUCCUUUCCUGGGAUUGGGCCUUGCCUUUCUGAAGGGACUGUUCUUAUGUCCCUUAGUGGGAAGGGGGCAGAAUGAAGAGCUGAGCCUGGUUAGGGGGUGGGGAGUGGCAGGUGAAUGCAGCCUUUCUUAUGACCCCCCCUCACCCCCCGCCUUUUCUUCAAUCUCUUCUUUCCCCAAGGCUCCAUGACUGUCAGGCGGGGGGCAGAGAGAGAGAGAGCAGUUUGGGACUGGGUUAGAUUUUCAGAGCAACUUCUACAAUACCCUAUUUAUAAGUCUUCCCCUGGAGAAAAGGAGUGGUUUCUGGCAGAAUUCUAUGUCAGGCUCAAGGAGAAACAUAACUUGACUGCCAGCAGUGUGGGCUAUGGCCUGUUUUGUCAGAAAUAGGCCUGGUGGAGGAAGCCGUGUGUCCCUGAGAGCACACGGGCUGGCCCCUUUCCUGUGUGCUCGGCUCCUGAGGAGAUGACCUCAGGCCUCUAAGCAGGCAGGCGAGAUCCCGGGCACGGACCAGCAUUUUUUAACCUUGCACUCCAACUACAGUGCCUUGCAGAUACUCAGCACUACAUAGCGGAAUGAAGUCCCCAUGAGAGCCAUUACUGGCCAUGUCGUAUACCUCACAGCGAGGGUAGCAGGUGCAGCGAUGGGCUGCACACAUGUAGUAUUUUAAGUCCCUGUGCUGAACAUCUUUCCUCCACAUCCUGCCUCAAGUCCCACAGUAGCCCUUCCCUUCCUUGGCUCUAGCAUUUCCUGUUCUCUUAACAAUACCAGCCUUCCCCUUUCCUUGGGAGGAGCAGCACACGUGGGUCUUCUCUCAACGGGAAUUAGAUUGCCAGGCCCCUUUAUCCUAUGCAGACUAGGGGAUCCAAGGUAGACACCGGGGGCCAACAUCAUCCUCACUGCUGGGCCAGUGCUCUCCCUCCGUCCUCUUUGUUCCUCACCCCGAGGACGCGGCUUCACCUCCUCCAUGCGCUCCACUGUCAGUGCUCUCGCGAGUUGCCAGUGGUCUUUUUGUGCAAAUCCAGUGAACCCUUUCCACCCCUUACUGGGUUUCUGCAGCAUCUGACAGGGCUGACCACCCCCAGCUCCCUGAAUCGCACUUGUAUGGCCAUUUCUCCUCCUACCUCUGUGGCUUCUUCUGGUGCCCUAUGCAGGCUUCUCCACGCGCCCUACGGUGGGGUUUCUCAGGGUCCUGUCCUGGGCUCCCAGGAGGAGCCCAUCCAUGCUCAUGGCUUUGACUCUUUGCCAAGGAAGUGAGAGUUGACUUCCAGCCCCAACACCCCUCCUGGGCUUCUGAACCGGUUCUGCUGCCUUUGGGCGCACAGCUCCUUUCACAGCCCAGCGGCACUUGCUGCCCUCUGCAAACCUGCCUCUUUUGGGCACCUGCUGUGGCCCCGAGAUCACUUGGGCACCAAACCAGAAACCUGCUUUCUAUUCCUGCUUUCUCCUUUUGCCCCCCACAUCCAGUCUCUCAAAACUGUCAAGUUUGCCUCCUUACCAUCUCUUGAGAGUAGAGCCACUCCCACCGUCAUCAACUUUCACCUGGGUUAUUGUGACAGCCGCCUCCGGCUCUAGGUCCCACAGCUAGAGUUGUCUUUCUAAAAUGCACAGUUGAUCACGUCACUUCCUGGCCUGCACCCUCCCAUAGCUCCCCUCUGCCUUCAGGACAAAAUCCAGACCCUUAGCACGGCUUUGAGACACGCAUCCUGCUUCCUGCUCGCCUCUCUGGCCUCAUCAGGCGCCACCUCGCGCUCUGGGUCCUGGCCUCCUGUAUCCGGAGAUGCCGCUUUUCUUCCCCUUCCAUUCACCAGGGCAUCUUCUCUGUUAGUUCUCCACUUAAGAUUUUCCUUCGUCCAAGGAGCUUUCAACGUCCCCUCCCCCUGCCCACUCCAGCACACCACACACAUCACGGUGGGCUUACUUGCCUGUGUACUGGUCUAUCUCCUCACUAGACUGUAAGCUCCUUGAGGGCAGGGACUGUCCUUCAAUUUUUGUAUCAACAGCGCCUAGCUUGGUGCCUGGCACAUGGAAAGCACUCAAUAAACAUUUGUUUAAUGAA